AAGAUCUAAAAUUUUGUGUUUAAUUUUCUGUAAGAAAGGAAGAUCGAAGAUUUCACCAACACGUCACAAACAGGGUGUAUCCAGCACAUCCUAUAUAUCCUGAUUCGGCACUGGACCGGCGCAAAAGCCGACGCCGCGCCGGUGCGUCGGUGGCUUGUAUAAAUACAUACGGUGCCCGCUCCUGCCGUGACUGCCCGCCGAAACCGCGCCGAACGCGGCGAUCCAGCGCACGCGCGCCCAAAAAAAAUACGAUUUAAAAAACAAAUUUUGAUUUUUUUAAAUAUCCAAUAAAGAAGCGAUCGUCAAAAGCAAUUCGUUGAUAGAGCCAAAAUGAACGACGACGCUGAAUUAUACAAAAAGAGUAACACCUUACAAAAAAGAGAUGCAGUAGAAUGCUUAGAAGAGUACGCGAUUAAAAUUAAAUGGAGGAACUACAAUGAUCGGAUAAUAGAUAUAGGAUGUGGGGACGGCAGUGUGACGUCUAAUAUACUAAGAAGAUAUAUACCAAAUAAUUACGGCAGACUUAUCGGAUGCGAUAUCAGCAAGAAUAUGGUCCAGCAUGCUAACAGACACCACGCCAACAGCCGCAACUGCUUCCGUGUGAUGGAUAUUGAGAGCGAGCUGCCGAGAGACUUGAGAGAAUGUUUCGAUCACGCAUUUUCUUUCUACACCCUGCAUUGGAUCAAGCGGCAAGAAUGUGCAUUCAGGAACAUUUUCGAUUUGCUAGUGGAGGGCGGUGAUUGCCUGCUAAUAUUUCUGGGGCACAUGCCCGUGUUUGACGUGUACCGCGUGCUCGCUCGCAGCGCCCGCUGGCGGCCGUGGCUGCAUGACGUCGACCGCUUCGUCUCACCGUACCACGACACUCAAGAGCCAGAAAAAAAGAUAAGAGUUAUGAUGGAGGAGAUCGGCUUCCGUGACGUUGAAGUAAAACGGAAAGAGAGAUCAUUCAUCUAUGAUAGCAUCGAAGCUGUUAAAAAGGCGGUAUCAGCAGUAAACCCUUUCAAGAUCCCAAGAGAUCUGCAGGAGGAUUUCAUGGAGGACUACCUGACGGUGGUACGGGAUAUGCGACUUAUUGACCGCGUCAACAAUAAUACAGAUGGUUUGAGUGUAAGAGCUAACUACAGCUUGAUUAUUGCCUUCGGAAGGAAAUAA